AUGGGUAAAAUAUUUUGGGAGAUGUUAAACGGAAUAUUAUUGGUUUCAGUUGAAAUGUUAUUUCCAUUAAAAGAAGUACAAGCAGAACAAAUUUAUAGUAAAAUGGCAGUUAGUUCAGAGUCAGAGCACGCUAGUAGAAUAGGACUAAAUAUACUUAAAAAGGGAGGUAAUGCAAUUGAUGCUGCAAUAGCAACAGCCAUUGCAAUUGGAAUUGUUAAUCCAUAUUCAGCCGGUUUAGGAGGUGGUGGAUUUGGGUUAAUAAAAAAAGGUGGUGAUGAAGAAUUUACAAUGAUAGAUUUUAGAGAAACAGCACCUAGAAAAAUUCGUUUAUCUGACUACUCAAAAAGUCCUGAAUUGGCUAAAAAGGGAGGUCUUGCAGUUUGUAUACCAGGUGAACUGAAAGGAUUCAUGAAAAUGCACAAAAAAUAUGGAAAGUUAAAGUGGGAAGAAUUAUUUAAGGAAAAUAUUGAUUUGUGUUUUAACGGGUUUAAAGCACACAAAAAUUUAUUAGAAAAAUUAAUAAAGAAUGAGAAAGAUAUUUUUAAGGAUGAAGGAUUAAAAGAAACAUUUGUUAAAGAUAAUAAGCUAGUAAAAAUAGGUGAUGUAAUCAAAAGAGAAAAUUUAGGGAAAACCUUAAAAAUUAUUUCAAAAGAUCCCGAAUCCUUUUAUAGUGGAGAAAUAGCAGAAGAGUUGGCUGAUUUUAUUAAUAAAAACGGCGGAAAGGUAGAUUUAACAGAUUUUAAAGAUUAUCAAGCAGUUGAAAGAGAGGUUAUAAAAACCACCUUUAAUGAAUAUAAUGUAUACACAACAAAUACACCUUCUUCAGGUGUGUUUAUAAGUUAUGCCUUAAAUGUUAUAAAAAAUAUUGAUGAAUCUAAAUUAAACAUAAUUAAGUCUAAGAAAUCAUUGUGUUAUUUUUAUCACUUGAUGAUAGAAAUAUUUAAAUUUAUGUUUUCAAGACGUGGUAAAUUGGGAGAUCCUGAUUUUCAAGCAGAUUGGAGAUUAGCGGUGUCAGAAAUAUUAAGUGAUAAACUAGCAAAAGAAACAGCAAAUUCUAUCAAGUAUGAUUGUGUACUUGGUAAAGAAUCUCAUAAAGUUUUACCAUUUAAAGAAGAUCAUGGAACAUCACAUUUAAAUGUUAUUGACGAAGAGGGUAACGUUGUUUCUUUAACAACUUCUGUGAAUUUAGAAUUUGGUAGUAUGAUUCUUAAUAAAAAGUACGGUGUUUUAUUGAACAAUACAAUUGAUGACUUCAUGCAUCCAGACUUUAUAAAUGCCUAUGAAUUAGAUAAUACAAGUACAUCCAAUAAUCUUGGUCCACUUAAAAGACCCUUUUCAUCAAUGUCACCAACAAUCUUUGUUAAAAAAAAUAAAAACAGAGAAGAAAUAAUUUCAAUAGGUGCAGCUGGCGGAACAAGAAUACCAACAUCGAUAUUAUUAACAUUGUUUUACCACUUAUUCCUUAAAAUGCCACUUGAAAAUGCAAUUUCAUUUAAUAGAGUUCAUGAUCAACUACUUCCACCUAAAACGUUUGUAGAAUUUAAUUUUCCAAAACAACUAGCUGAUGAAUUAAGGCAACUUGGACACAAUGUUGAAUUUUCAGAUGAAAAUACUACUUUUACUUCAGUACAGGCAAUAACUGCUAUUUUUGAUAAAAAUCAAGGCAAUAAAAUUAUAGCUGCAAGUGAUAAAAGAAAGAAUGGAGUAUCAUGUGGAGUUUAA